GUCAAACUGCACUGAGGAGGACAUUAACGGCUGUAAAGAUGCGUGGUAUCUUCAGUUGUUGUACACUCACAGCACUGCUGCUGUCUGCAGCCUGGGCAGACCCCCACAGCUCUGAGCACAGCUCUACUGAUGAUACUAGCUACCACAAGAUCCUGGAUCCUGGAUCCUGCUAUGGUCAUGGUGCUGAUCAACUACGUCUACUUUAAAGGACUGUGGGAAAACCCGUUCCAAAGUUACAUGACACGAAAGGCUGAAUUUCAUGUGGACAAGACCACCAAAGUUCAGGUGGAUAUGAUGAAAACAACGGGGGACUACAAGGUGUACUGGGACAGAGCAAACCACGCCACCAUCAUCAGUCUGCCUUACAAGGGCGACGCCUCCAUGAUGAUCGUCCUACCUGAUGAAGACAAGAUGGAGGAGGUGGAGGGCUACAUAAACAAGGACCACAUCAGACGCUGGAGGGACUCAGUCUCUAUGGAUUACAUAGAGCUGUUCUUGCCAAAGUUUUCCAUCUCUACUGAUGCUUCCUUGGAGAGCACUCUGAAAAAAAUGAGCAUCAUAAAUGCUUUUGAGGACAACGCUGAUUUCUCUGGUAUAUCUGAAGACUUACCGCUCAAAAUCUGUUGAAGGGAUUUCCUACUCAACAAUUUCAGCAAUGGUUCCUCAAGGUUUGUAAAGACCACUUCUUUCUUCAUACAGGCGUCACACAAGGCUGUGCUCAGUGUCACUGAGAUUGGAACAGAAGCAACAGCUGUCAGCACCAUGGAGUUGACAUUGGUAAUGGAACCUCCAUCCAUCAGAA